CAGCUGACCUACAGCGGGCAGGUCGAAUGGAGUCUGCCAGGGAGGUGCAGGCUAGCAACAUGGAAGAGGUUACGGAAGCAUUGGGUCGCACCCUGGGGGUUUCUGAACAGUACAGCAGUGCUGAUGGGGGGCGAGACUGCCCCCCGUGUGUCGCCUCUCGGGAGACGGAGCUGGAGGAGAACUUCUAUGACUGUCGAGAGACUCUAGAGGAUACUGAGGAAAAACCAGCAAGCAACAGUUUGGGCAGGCUAAGGACAGAGCAGGAGGGGGAGGGAGACGCUAAUCACCCAGACAGGAAACGGGAGAAGGGAAGACAGGAUGUUCACGGAGAAGAGGAACCUGUGCUGUGGGACAAGCCGGAUCUGAGCAAGGAAGGGAGGGACAGAGGGAACCAGCCGGAGCAGGAGAGCUGGGUGGAGUGCAGUGAGGAGGACCAGGGGGCGCAUUCAUCUCAGGAUGGAGUGGAAGAGUCUGAGUUUGGGGUGAAGGAAGAGGUGGUACCGGAAUUUGAUGAGGAGUACCUGAGCGAGUUGGAGAAAGACCUGAGCCAAGAAGAAAAAGAGAGCCGGAGGGAGGAGAGCCUGAAACUGAAGGAGACAGGAAAUGCACAGUUCAAGAGAGGGGAGCACUGUGAAGCAGAGGAGUCGUACACGGCUGCCCUGAGGGCAUCCCCUGUGUGUUAUGGCAAGGAGAGGGCCAUCCUGUUCUCGAACCGUGCGGCGGCCCGACUGCAUCUGGAUAAAAAUGAAAGCGCGAUAGCCGACUGCACCAAAGCCAUAGAGCUGAACCCUGACUACAUCAGAGCCAUCCUGAGGAGGGCAGAGUUGUAUGAGAAGACAGACAAGCUGGAUGAGGCCUUGGAGGACUACAAGCUGGUGCUGGAGAAGGACCCCAGCAUGAAGCAGGCCAGGGAGGCCACCCUGCGCCUGCCGCAGCAGAUCCACGAGAGGAAUGAAAGGCUGAAGGAGGAGAUGAUGGGUACGUGACCCUUCCUGCCUGUCCCUGCCGCCGCCAUCCCUUCGCUCCAGUCAGGGACUUGAAGCUCGCUGUAUCUCGGGGGGGGGGGUC